UUUCCCAUGGUUUUGAACGCAUCACACGAGCGCAUGUCUGUUUCUCAAAGGAUAAACAAAACUGCAUGAGCCAUCAGCAGCAGUAAUCGGUCAACGUUUAACAAAGAGUCGCAUUCAGGUGUGACUAUGGGGAAGUCUUUUUCCCACCUCGCUAAGCAGACAGGCCAUGAUGAGGGUCAGGACAGCCUGACUUCUCCUCUGGAGGACACCCACACUGACGACGGAAAGGGAGGAGAUGUUUCCCAAUUUCCUUAUGUGGAGUUCACAGGACGGGACAGUGUGACGUGUCCAACGUGUCAGGGCACCGGGAGGAUCCCCAGAGGACAAGAAAAUCAACUUGUGGCAUUGAUUCCAUACAGUGACCAAAGGCUGCGACCCAGGAGGACGAAGUUGUAUGUAACGGCAUCAGUGGUGGUCUGCCUGUUACUGUCCAGUCUGGCUGUCUUCUUCCUCUUCCCUCGCUCCAUCGAUGUGUCCUACGUUGGGGUGAAGUCUGUUUUUGUCAGCUACGACCAAGAAAAGCGCAGCGUCUAUCUGAACAUCACGAACACCCUCAGUAUCACCAACAACAACUAUUACUCAGUGGAGGUGGCCAACAUCACAGCUCAGGUGCAGUUUGCCAAGACUGUGAUCGGUAAAUCUCGCAUCAGUAACAUCACUGCCAUCAGUCCUCUGGACAUGAAACAGAUUGAUUACAUGGUCCCCACCAUCAUUGCAGAUGAGAUGAGCUACAUGUAUGACUACUGCACUCUGCAAACCAUCAAGGUCCACAACAUUGUCGUCAUGAUGCAAGUAACUGUCACCACGGCGUACUUUGGCCAUGCGGAGCAGGUGUCUCAGGAGAUGUACCAGUACGUGGACUGCGGAGGGAACACCACCUCUAUCAGAGCGAUGACCAAGCCAUUCAACAUCCCACAUCCUGCUGAGUAACCCCAACACUGUUGUCUGACUCGGGCCCCGGAAGCUGGCCUUAGAUGGUUCACUGUGUUUUCCAUUCUUCUCCACCUGCCGUGUCUAGGAAACUGCUGCUGCUGCCACCAUACCAUGAUGUUUACUUCAAUAUCAAUACCAGAAGAAAUCCACUCUAAGAUAAGAAAUUAUGUUUCUUAUGGAAGCACAUUGCAUUCAGCAAAGAAAAAAAUGAUCCAUUAAUGCUGCACAAUUAUCUCAUGAUAAUAAGAUUUGUAUUUCAUUGCCUGCAUACCUCGUGUUUGUUGUCAGCAUCACUGAAUUGUUUGAUAUUGUCAGGAUAGCAAAUUAUGUUUUUGUGUUGCUUAAAAGUAUCUCAUAAGAUUGUGAUCCAAAGGUCACUGCUUAACCACUCAUUUCAUUCGAAUAGGGUGUCUGAAGUCUUUCAGUAUCUUUGCCAAAACGAUACUAUAGUUUUGGUUUCAAAUACAUUCCUACACAUUCCUCAAUCCUUAGUUAAAGGAAUAUAAAUAUGUUUCUUUGCAAAUCUUUUUACAUUCAGCAAAAUAUGCCAGACCUGAAAGUAUCGGUGAGUAAUCCAGAAAUAUUGAAGUUUGAUUCUUGGAUACUAGGCUUACUGCUCAAUCAUUUUUGCUGCUCUAUGGCAUGCUUCUUUGUAAAGAUAGAACAAUUUUAAGAUGACUUUUUUAGCCAUACCAUGAAGUUUAAAUUCCUGCUAUUUUGAGAUAAAAACACGUCGGUCCUGAUAAUGACAAAACAAUAUUUGAUAUGUCAAAAAGAAGUAGCACAAUAUUUCAACACUGAGAUUAACUUAAAAAGUUAUCAUGACUGCUCUGAUUCCUGCCUUACGUGAUGAAUAUAGUUGUUACAUGAUUUGAAAUUGGACCGGAUCAUCAUUUCAGUUACCGUAACAACACUAAUUCAUAGAUUGUGCUCUUGAGUUUCUUCGUGUUAUAAACCACAAUUUAUUAUUUAUGCAAGAGGAGAGAGCACAGAAUAAUAGACAAUUUGAAAACUUGAUAAAUGUAUUUCACUACCUACCGAACCAUAAUGCACUUUAUAAGUAUAUAUUUAAAUAGCCCGCUUUAUCAGCAGUCCCAAGUUCUCGAAAGCCUAUUCCUCUACCAGUGUUGGUAGAGGAAUAGGCUUUCGAGUGUUGUAAUGUAAUUACAGAAUUCAGAUGCCGCUGCCUGUGUUGGAUUCUGAGAUAAGCUCAUGUUGUACAUACUGUAGUGUUUCUCUCUGACUGCACUUUUGCUUUGAAUUUUGUACAAUCUGCUGACCUACUACCACUUACUACUGACUACUGCUUUGGUUUUUAGUUGUUGGGUGUUCAUUAUAACUUACAUUUGUAUUUUUUGUCUUUAACUUGUACUGUCAUGAAGGAACAUCUCCUGCACUCCAUUUCAAAGGUAGAGAUGGAAAAUUCCUCUUAGCUUGCCAGGUCCAGGAAUUUUCACUGUGUCAAUUUCUGGUGUGACUAUGCUAUAGAUAUACACUACAUCAGUGCCAUGCAGGGCGUGGAAAAAAAAAAAAAACUAAGGCACCCGCUAGUUGGUAGUAUAAGCAAGCUUAUUAGACUGGAUGACAUCACUCUUUAAUUACAAGAGGAUUUAUCAAUUUAGAGGGUGUCACAUCCUUGACCCAUCUCUGAACUGGCAACCUUAUGGAAGCAAACAAGAGAUAUAAUAUUUCAAUUUUAAUAGCCACAUAAUAAUUAAUAUUGAAAUUUAAACACCACUGAAUUCAUAGGAUUGAAAUUCUUAGCUCUGAAUUUGAGUAAUCAAAUUUGAGCAUUUUUAUUAAUUCUGAAAUUUACAUUUUUGGAUCAGAAUUUGUGAACAUUGAAUUAUUCAUUUUAAUUUCAGAAGUGAAUUUAGAACAAAUUUAGUUGAGUGGUUUUCAAAGUAAAAUAUUGCAAUACUCUGAAUUAAGUGGUGUACAAAUUUCAAUGUUAAUAAUUCACUGGCUGCUAUAAUUUAAGGAAUUGUUUCUUUUAAUAACUUCAAUACAAAAACACGCACCAGUUUUUUAAUUGUGAGAAUUUGCCUUUUCUUUCUCUGUUUAACGUGAUAGUAAGAUGUUUGGGUUAAUUGAUAAUUAAACUUAUUGUUAGAUGCAGCCCUUCAUCAGGGCAACAGUUAAGAAAAUAUGUUUCCUUGCAUUUUACUCAGUUACAGAUGAGAAGAGUUUUGUUAGUUUAAUCCCUGAUUGUAUGGAAGAAAAUAAGAUACAUAUGUUAAAGACAGCUUAUUCUUGUUGAACAGAGAAAUGGAACAACCCCCACAAUUAACUAACAAUCAACUACUGAACAAUAAAACCUCUCUGAAGUCUUGGAAAUCAAAUUUCAGAAUAUUAAUUGUUUUAGCUACAUAAGAGACAGUGUAGACCACUGAGGCCUUUUGGUCAAUAAAUCAUGAAGGGCCUUUUUGUAAUUAUUACUGUUAGAAUUCCUUUUGGUCAUUUUUGAUCAUGUAGUCAGAAUUUCCCACUUUGUAUCACCUCUUGAAUGCAGCGUUAUGUUCUGCCCUCCUAUCCUAUCCUGCUGCAAGUUGUUCAUCUGACAUUUUGAGGUGUCCUGUAAUUUGUUGACCGUUAUGACUUUACAUGCUGACUUGCAUAUUAUGCAUAAUAAUCACUACCAAAUUCUUCUAAGUGUGCUGGUGUCCUACUUGGAAAUGGUGUUCUCAUUUUUGUACCGUACAUAAAAAUCAGAAUGAUCAAUAUUUUUCCAACAUUUCAUCUAAUUUAUUUUGUUGAUGGAUUAUAUUUUUUCAUCCUUGACCAAAAAUGAUCCAGUUGUGUAUCAAAUCUAUUUUGAAUGAAAAACAUCUUGCAUAUCGAAAAUACAUGCUUUUGGCAACAUCGUGUAAAUAGUUGGAAAUUGUGUUUAUAUCAUAUUCCUACAAACUGUAAUGGUUGGGAAGCUAGACAACACAUAACAUUUAAACUGAGUGGGAUUUAAAGAAAAGCACACAUUUUUUAAUCCUAAUGUGCACCCUUAACAGUCCUUUUAACAUUUCAAAUGCUAUUUUAGACUCCUACCUCUAAUGUCAUUUUAAACGUUUUGUUGGUCAUUAUUCAUAGUGAUUGUUGUGGGAGCAUGAAUAAAGUUUAAAAACAUG